GAAUCCCAUCAGUAGCGGCAGCUCCCAGGCUCAGCGCCGCUCUCUGCAGCUGUGCUCAGCGGCUGCUCCGUCCGCUAGGGCAGGGGAGGCCGCCAUGUUGGAUCUUGAGAGCCCAGCAGCGGCCGCCGCCGCCGCCUGUGGGUGUGAGUGAGGGGGAGACGCGGGAGCCGGGCCGGCGAAGGGGGGGGGCGUGUGGAGGAGCAGGAGCCGGCGGAGCGGAAAGCGGGGCGCAGGCUGUGAGCCCUCCCUGCCCGCCGCCGGAGGAAGAUGCCCUUAGCCCGGUGGGGCGAAGCCGGGGCAGCAUCUCUCCAUCCCCUGGAUUGAAAACAGCAGCAGCAGCAGCACUUAUUAGCACCUGGGGGCCUUACAUGUCCAGUAUCGUCUAAUCUCCUCCAGCAGGAGGGGGGACACCCCGCUCCCCAGGGCCGACACCCGGCAGGAGGACACGCACAGACAUGGGAAGGAUUUGACAGGGUUAUUAGCCUGCCCCCCACCUUCCCUGGGUGGUGCUGGGAUUUCGGGGGGACGCUUAGCGCCCCACUCCACACACAGCGGAGAAGAAGGUGGGGGGAUGAAGCCUUUUAUUUUUGGGGAUCACUGAAAAGCCUUAAGGAGACUCGUUGAGGGGGAGGAGGAGAAAGGAAAAGCCUUCCUCAGACAGGACUUGGCUAAGCCCUGAGGAGGGGCUGCUUCCAGCGACCUGUUCCCCCCACCUUUCCGAAGAAAUUGCCACUGAUGCAUUUACCGAGUGGUGCUGGAGGAGGAGGAGGUGGAGGUGGUGGGUAUUUUGCAGCCCUUUUCCUCCCCUCCUCUAUGCAUUUGAUUUUCUUCUUCCUUUUAUAUAUUUUUCCUUCUGCUGCUCCUUCCUGGGAAGUGAAUUGCUGAUGCAAACUGAAUGGGGCUUUUACACUUUAAUGAUACAGUGGGAUUCUUUUCAGGAUUGUGUUGCAUGAUUUGAAUUUUGAAUGAAGGAGAAGACCUUUUUAAAUAUAUAAAAAUAUCUAUUGCUCUAUAUAUGAUAAAUUGGUGUCAGUCUUGGUUGAAUUUCAUUUUAAUUAUUAUUAUUUAAAUGUCAAGAGCAACUAUAUAUUUUUCUUUUUAAAAGUAUUAAAAUAUUUUUUUUAGAAGAACUUUUCUUUCAAAUGUGUAUAUACUGUAUAUGUGUAUGUGAGUGAAACUGACCGAGAUUCAGUUUUCAGGCUAGGAACACUGAGGUGGAUUGUAAAUUCAGCACCACCUUUGCUACAUUGACAUUUAUUUAAAAACAUACGUUGUUGAUUUUAUUUUUUAACAAUCCAUUUAAAAGUUAGUUUUAAAAAAAUUAAUAAUAAUAAUUAAAAAAGAAACCCCAAUACAAACUGAAACAACCAUGUCUGGAGAGGUGCGUUUGAGGCAGUUGGAACAGUUUAUUUUGGAUGGGCCAACUCGGACUAAUGGGCAGUGCUUCAGUGUGGAAACCUUGCUGGAUAUACUCAUCUGCCUUUAUGAUGAAUGUAAUAAUUCCCCCCUGAGGAGAGAGAAGAAUAUUCUUGAGUAUCUAGAAUGGGCCAAACCUUUUACAUCUAAGGUAAAACAGAUGCGACUACAUAAAGAAGAUUUUGAAAUCUUGAAGGUGAUUGGUCGAGGAGCCUUUGGGGAGGUUGCAGUAGUAAAACUGAAAAAUGCAGAUAAAGUAUUUGCCAUGAAAAUACUGAAUAAAUGGGAGAUGCUGAAGAGAGCUGAGACAGCCUGUUUUCGAGAAGAGAGGGAUGUAUUAGUGAAUGGAGAUAACCAAUGGAUCACAGCAUUGCACUAUGCCUUCCAGGAUGACAACUAUUUAUACCUGGUUAUGGAUUACUACGUUGGAGGAGAUCUGCUCACCCUGCUUAGCAAGUUUGAGGACAGGUUACCUGAAGAUAUGGCUCGUUUUUAUUUGGCUGAAAUGGUGAUAGCGAUUGAUUCUGUACAUCAGUUACACUACGUCCACAGGGACAUUAAACCAGACAACAUCUUGAUGGAUAUGAAUGGACAUAUUCGGUUAGCAGAUUUUGGUUCUUGUCUGAAACUGAUGGAAGAUGGAACGGUCCAGUCUUCGGUGGCAGUUGGAACUCCAGACUACAUCUCUCCAGAAAUCCUGCAGGCCAUGGAAGAUGGAAAAGGGAAGUAUGGACCUGAGUGUGACUGGUGGUCCCUAGGUGUUUGCAUGUAUGAAAUGCUUUAUGGAGAAACGCCCUUUUAUGCAGAGUCCUUGGUGGAGACCUACGGGAAAAUAAUGAACCACAAAGAGAGGUUUCAGUUUCCUGCACAAGUGACAGAUGUGUCUGAAAAUGCCAAGGACCUCAUUCGAAGGCUCAUUUGCAGCAGGGAGCAUCGACUUGGGCAAAAUGGGAUAGAAGACUUUAAGAACCACCCAUUUUUUGUUGGGAUUGAAUGGGAUAACAUUCGGAACUGUGAAGCCCCUUACAUCCCUGAAGUCAGCAGUCCAACUGAUACAUCAAACUUUGAUGUGGAUGAUGAUUGUUUAAAAAACUCUGAGACAAUGCCUCCACCAACACACACUGCAUUUUCUGGUCAUCAUCUGCCAUUUGUGGGUUUUACAUAUACAAGUAGCUGUUGUGCUUCAGACCGCAGUUGUCUGAGAGUACAGCUGGACCACCCGCUAUGGACCUGAUGCCAGUGUUCAAAGGACUUGGAGGAUAGCUUAGCAACAGAAGCUUAUGAGAGGAGAAUAAGGCGCCCUGGAGCAGGAAAACUUGAACUCAGUAGAAAACUGCAAGAAUCCACCCAGACAGUCCAGGCUUUACAGUAUUCAACUGUGGAUGGUCCAGUAACAGCAAGCAAAGAUCUAGAAAUUAAAAGCUUAAAAGAAGAAAUUGAAAAGUUAAGAAAACAGGUAACCGAUUCCGGUCAGCUGGAACAGCAACUGGAGGAGGCCAGUUCUGCACGACGAGAAUUAGAUGGUGCUUCUAGACAAAUCAAGGCUUUUGAGAAACAAAUUAGAGCACUGAAGCAAGAAAGAGAGGAUCUUAAUAAGGAACUGAUGGAGUCUAGUGAGAGAUUAAAAUCCCAAACCAAAGAGCUAAAAGAUGCACACAGCCAGCGGAAACUGGCCAUGCAGGAGUUCUCAGAGAUGAAUGAGCGGCUGACAGACUUGCACUCUCAAAAACAGAAACUUACCCGCCAGGUCCGAGAUAAAGAGGAAGAGAUGGACGUGAUGAUGCAAAAGGUGGAAAUCUUAAGGCAAGAGUUACGGAGAACAGAAAGACUCAAAAAAGAACUGGAAGUCCAUGCUGAAGCUGCAGCUGCUGAGGCAUCCAAGGACAGGAAAUUGCGUGAGCGAAGCGAGCAAUACUCUAAGCAGCUGGAGAGCGAACUGGAAGGACUAAAGCAAAAGCAAGUUGGUCGCUCACCAGGGGUGAGCAGCACAGAACAUCAGCAAGAGAUCACCAAAUUAAAGGCUGAGUUGGAAAAAAAGAGUGUUUUCUAUGAAGAGGAACUGUCCAAACGAGAAAUAAUACAUGCUAAUGAAAUCAAAUCCCUGAAGAAAGAACUGCGGGAUGCAGAGAGCCAACAGCUUGCCCUCAAGAAAGAGAUCAUGAUCUUGAAAGACAAGUUAGAAAAGACCAGGAGAGAGAGCCAAAGUGAAAGAGAGGAAUUUGAAACAGAGUUCAAACAGAAGUAUGAACGGGAGAAGACUCUGCUAACAGAGGAAAACAAAAAGCUCUCAAAUGAGCUUGAUAAGCUCACCACCAUGUUCGAGAGGCUAAGUAUGAACAACCGACAGCUAGAAGAAGAAAUGAGAGACCUGGCAGAUAAAAAGGAAUCUGUGGCACACUGGGAGGCCCAAAUUACUGAGAUCAUCCAGUGGGUGAGUGAUGAAAAGGAUGCUAGAGGGUAUCUACAAGCCUUGGCCUCUAAAAUGACAGAAGAACUAGAGGCUCUGCGGAACUCCAGUUUGGGUGCAAGAGCAACCGACAUGCCCUGGAAGAUGCGCCGCUUUGCUAAAUUGGAUAUGUCAGCAAGGCUGGAACUGCAGUCAGCCCUUGAUGCAGAAAUCCGAGCCAAACAGGCCAUUCAAGAUGAGUUAAAUAAAGUUAAAGCUUCCAGCAUCUCUACAGAAUGUAAACUUCAAGAGUCAGAGAAGAAGAACUUGGAACUGUUGUCAGAAAUUGCAAAACUGAAAAAGGAGACAGAAGACCUUAGAUCAGAAAAGGGUGUAAAGCACCAAGACUCACAGAAUUCUUUCUUGGCAUUUUUGAAUGCUCCUACCUCUACUCUGGAUCAAUUUGAAAUUGAUUCAGUUGAGAACUUUACAUUGUCUAAUACUCCUUCACGGGAUGAAGAUAUCAAGUCUCACCUCCAUUCAAGAUCUAGGUCUCCUUCCACAGCUAGUGACAUUGAACCAAUUGAGGUUACAGAUCAUCCUCCACGCUCGGUUCAUACACCAGCCAUGAGGACAGCAUAUAUUGGAUCAGGACUCUCUGCACCAAAGCCUAAGGCCCACCAGUUUGUAGUGAAAUCUUUUAAUACCCCUACAAAAUGCAAUCAGUGCACAUCUCUGAUGGUUGGUUUAAUAAGACAGGGCUGCACUUGUGAAGUAUGUGGAUUCUCAUGCCAUGUGACCUGUGCAGACAAGGCCCCAGCAGUGUGCCCAAUCCCUCCUGAACAGACCAAAGGCCCUCUGGGGAUAGAUCCACAGAAAGGCAUAGGAACUGCAUAUGAAGGUCAUGUCCGAGUUCCUAAACCAGCUGGAGUAAAGAAAGGUUGGCAGAGAGCGCUGGCUGUGGUCUGUGAUUUCAAACUCUUCCUGUAUGAUAUAGCAGAAGGAAAAGCAUCCCAGCCCAGUGUGGUAGUGAGUCAGGUUAUUGACAUGAGGGAUGAAGAAUUCUCAGUGAGUUCUGUCUUGGCCUCUGAUGUCAUCCAUGCAAAUCGAAAAGAUAUUCCCUGUAUCUUUAGAGUUACAGCUUCCCAGCUCUCCGCAUCCAGUAAUAAGUGUUCAAUCCUGAUUCUAGCAGACAGUGAGAAUGAAAAGAGCAAGUGGGUAGGAGUGCUGAAUGAAUUGCACAGGAUUUUGAAGAAGAAUAAGCUCAAAGACCGAUCAGUCUAUGUUCCCAAAGAGGCUUAUGACAGCACCCUCCCUCUCAUCAAAACAACCCAGUCAGCAGCAAUCAUAGAUCAUGAAAGAAUUGCUCUGGGCAAUGAAGAAGGGUUGUUUGUUGUGCAUGUCACCAAGGAUGAGAUUAUUCGUGUUGGUGACAAUAAGAAAGUUCAUCAGAUUGAGCUCAUCCCUAAUGUACAGCUCAUUGCAGUGAUCUCAGGACGAAACCGUCAUGUACGGCUUUUCCCUAUGGCAGCCCUGGAUGGAAGAGAGACUGAGUUUUAUAAGCUGGCAGAGACAAAAGGCUGCCAGACCAUAGUUUCUGGACAGGUACGCCAUGGAGCCCUGACUUGCCUAUGUGUGGCUAUGAAAAGACAGGUCCUGUGUUAUGAACUGAAUCAGAGCAAAACGCGUCACAAAAAGAUGAAGGAGAUCCAAGUCCUGGGAAAUGUCCAGUGGAUGUCUGUCUUCAGUGAGCGGCUCUGUGUGGGUUACCAGUCAGGAUUCCUAAAAUACCCCUUGCAUGGAGAAGGGAACCCGUACAGUUUGCUCCACCCAGAUGACCACACCCUAUCAUUUAUUGCACAGCAGCCAACUGAUGCCAUCUGCGCAGUCGAAAUCUCAAAUAAAGAAUAUCUGCUGUGUUUUAGCAGCGUUGGGGUUUAUGUUGACUGUCAGGGCCGAAGAUCUAGACAACAGGAAUUGAUGUGGCCUGCAACACCAUCCUCUUGCUGUUACAAUGCACCAUACCUCUCAGUAUACAGUGAAAAUGCGGUCGAUAUCUUUGAUGUGAACUCCAUGGAAUGGAUUCAGACUAUUCCACUUAAGAAGGUACGACCAUUGAAUACAGAAGGAUCAUUAAACCUUUUAGGACUGGAGACAAUUAGAUUGAUAUAUUUCAAAAAUAAGAUGGCAGAAGGAGAUGAACUGGUAGUUCCUGAGACAUCAGAUAACAGCCGGAAGCAAAUGGUUCGAAACAUCACCAAUAAGCGUCGUUAUUCAUUCAGAGUACCAGAGGAGGAGAGAAUGCAGCAGAGGAGGGAGAUGCUACGAGAUCCAGAAAUGAGAAAUAAAUUAAUUUCUAAUCCAACUAAUUUUAACCACAUAGCACACAUGGGUCCAGGAGAUGGAAUACAGAUUCUCAAAGACCUGCCUAUGAAUCUUCGGCCUCAGGAAAGUCGGACCAUGUUCAGUGGCUCUGUCAGUAUCCCAUCUAUCACAAAAUCCCGCACAGAACCAGGCCGAUCGAUGAGCGCCAGUAGUGGGUUGGCAGCAAGAUCAUCGGCACAGAACGGUAGUGCUUUGCGGCGGGAAUUCUCAGGAGGGAGCUAUGGAGCCAAGCGUCAGCCCAUGGCAUCGCCAUCAGAUGGUUCACUGUCCUCUGGUGGUUUAGAGCAAGGCAGCGACGUGCCGACAAGGGACUACGAACGAGAGGAUUCUGAUUCUCCAAGGCAUUCUACAGCUUCUAACAGUUCCAACCUAAGUAGUCCUCCCAGCCCAGUUUCUCCUCACAAGACCAAAAGUCUCUCCCUGGAGAGCUCUGACCACGUGAGUUGGGACUCAUGAACUGCUUCAGCAUUCAGAUCCAACAUCACUGCGGCUUAUUAUCCCCAUGGCUCCCCCUUCACUCAACCCAGUACUCACUUUCAUCGCCCUUACCACUCCCUCUGAAAAUGUUCUGAGGGGAAGGGAGGGAAGAAGAUAAAAGGUUUGCCUUCUCUAGCGCUGUUCAGUGCUGCUUCAGCCUCCCCAGAUUUAGCAGCGGCAAACAAGCAAACCUAGGGUGUUGGUAAACAACAGAUGCCAUAGAUUUGUAUUAGUACUGGUUUCAUUUCAUGUGGCUACAGCUGCUUCCGUUAUUACAAAUAAAUUUACCCCACUAACUUGGAAAAAAAAAAAGUAGCUUAAAUAGACCAGAACAAUAUCAAAGAAUAAAUCAGAUGGAUUGUUUCCAUACAAGAGCUAAUUAUCUUGUACAAGAGUAGCACAGAGACCCCACUCCUGGUGGGGAGCAAUCAGUCCAUCAGAGGCACAUGAAAGCUUUCAGCUAGCCACCAUGUUUGAAUGUCAAUCUGAUUGUCGCCAGCAAAUCCUUAUUAAAACGAUGCAUAUUUUACUACAGUAGAGAGUUUAAAUAAAUACACAAAUUUAAGAAUUAAAUACGUAUGUAUAUAUUCAAGGAGAAAAAGCAUCGUGUAUGCAGAAGAAGAUGGAUGCCUAUUUAAGUGAACCUUUAAUUUAAAAAGAUUUGUGUUGUUCCCAUUUUCAUGCUAAGUAACACACACAUUGGAGGCCUGGCAUAUAUUUAUAAUAUGCAGGAGCAGGAAUGUUCCCUUUGGGUGGCACUUCAGUGUUUUAGGAGAAAUCCCCCACAGUGUGUUCAGUGACCUUUAUUCCUCGUCAGUAGCAGAACUAAAGCUGUAAGCCUCAUUUUGAAGAUGCCCCUUCCUGUCAUCUGUAAGAAUAACAUUGAUUUGAAAGUGAACCACUCUCCCAUCUACAACAAAGAGCAACAUUCAACCAUGUUGUCGUCGUCAUGGUUUCCAGUGGGGCGGGCACUCAUGCAGCUUGACACCUUUGGCACUCAUGGAUCUCUGCGGAUACAGCAUACACCAUACAACAAUAAUGAGACAGUGCAGAAGAAAUCAUAGGUGAUACCAUUUCUAAAGAAGAUCAGUGACUGACCUGGUUUAAUGAUGAAGGAAAUGGUCUUCUGAGCCUCCUUAACCUUCUGGUUAACAUAUGGCCAUUACCUUGAUUAUCAAAUGUUAGCAUACAAUCUACAUCAAUCAAAUGUGAGUCCUGUUAGCCCAAAAAGAGUCUCUGUGGAAUACGUUGUUCCUGUAGCACAGCAAAGAACCUUGAAGACGCUGACCGAAUACUGUUCAUGCUGUGGCAGGUUCAAGACACCUGGUAGCCCAGAGCUGCCAUGCUGAUGAGGUUAAUGAUUUCCCUCUCCCGCCAUUUUUGACUGUGGUUUCAAUUUUUUUUCUAUACAAUACCCUGCUGUUUGAUUCCAACAGUGAUGCAGGUUGCAGGCAGAAAUCACACCACCAGAGGACAGGAUCAGCAGAAGAUGCAGGCCUCUCUUUCAGCAAAGAGCCUGACAUUUAAAUCAAGGGAAUAAAGAGGAGGCAAGAUAAAAAGCAAACUGAUGUAAAGCAGGAAGAUCGUCCAUUCCCUUUUCCAGUGGGAUCAUUGCUAGCUUUAUGCCACGACCCCACUCAAGCAUAUAAAGGGCUUUUUGUAUUUAGAAAGCUGGUUUUCCUAUGAUUUGGCAUUUUUUUAUGGCUCCUAUCAAAUCAUUCCAAGUGCUUAUAGUCAGUAAUGUAACAUGUUCCAUUCACAUUAAUAGAUGCUGAAAUGAGUGGGAAUUUUCCAGGUUCCCUUCACUGAAGGAACUUAUGGGUAAGUUCAAGUAGGGUUCAGACAAAUUAGGUUCAUAUACAGGCACAACCAAAACACAGUGAUGAGACACAUUCAUUGCCUUUACUGUGUAACCAUGCAGGGUCUCCUAGGUGCUAGUUCUGUGUUUUAUUCUGCAUGGAGUGGAUUGUCCACACACAAACCCAUCAUUCAAAGGUUGGUUGCUUGGUUGUUUUUUUGGGACAGGGAGGAGGGGGAAUACAAAAAUUUCUAUAAAGUAUCAUGUCAAAAUUCUGCCUGUCCUGUUUGGUAUCAUGUUGGUGCCAUGUGUUUCGUUGUCACAAAUGAUCUCAGCAUUGAAUAGUAAAAUCUGUACCAAACAGGCAAACACUGAGACCCUUCCCAGCAUAGUAGCUUUUCAUGUAUUUGCAGGAGACACACACAGACAUGUCAGAAGGACUGGCAUUAUUUAAAGUCCAUAGUCACCUUUUUCUUAAAGGUUAUAUAUUGUUCCAUGUGCACCAAAGGCUUCUCUUCCUACAAUUGCAUCCUCCUCCUGGUGUAGCCCACCAUGGCCUCACACAUUUCAAAGUGUUGCAGACUAGUUUUGUAUUUACUGUAUGUUGUAGUUAAAUGUUAAUCAUAUUUUGAUGUUAACCUGUUAAAGGGAGGAUUUGAGGCUGCUAGGAAAAACCUGUGAGAUAAUCCCACAUGGGAGGGUCAGUAGCAGAACUGGAAUCAAACUGUGUAUUCCUUUUGCUUCAGCUCUGCUCCAUUUGAAAAUGAAACCAAAGAACCAAGAUACAACUUACUUUUAAACUAACCCUAAACAAACAAGUAGAUUUGCUUAUUCUCCUCUUAUGGUGACUAUGAACCUGUUUAAAUGUACAUUUUCAGAUGGAGCAGAGAUUUGUCACUUUACAGAGCUGAAUUCCAGAAGAUGAGACCCAUCCUGUGCAGCCUAGCCUGUUAAAUACAGUACUUAUGUUGGCCUCUGGCCCUUGGCAGUGUCCUUUUCAAGAUGACUGUAUUUGGUCUGGUACUGUACAUUUUACACAAAUCAUGCCUUUAAAAAGAGGGAGAAAUAGCAAUUGUUUUCUCAGUUGAAAACCAAAUGUCCACAUACAUUAUUUGAAAGUAAAAAACAUUUUAGGAAUUAUAGUUAUAUAAGGAAUUGGUUCUGAUGGGUCCAUAUAAGUGUAGGCCACUUGAAAUUUUUGUUGUGAACACAUUACAAAACAUGGCUGUUGCAGGUGUGCUUUUUAGAUUCUCAUUGGGAUAAGGAAAAUAACUUGGUCAUUUUAACUGUAAGACUCUUGUCUGAUAUCUCAGAGGCAGUUAGCUUGUAAGGUUUGGUGUUUGCUACUAGGCAUUGUUUAAAGUUUCCAGUUAUAUAUGGUUGCAUUUAUCCAGGCAAUGUAUACUCUCCCAUUGAAUUUUGACCAAUAUAUUAGCAUAUGUUCUGUGUACACUCUAUAUAUAUUUUUUUUCUUUUUUUUUGCUAAGACUGAAACCAUUCUUCAUUUAUCAGGACAUACUCUGCUUAAGCAAAUACCUUUGCUUCAGUCAUUGAAAGGCUCCAAAUAGAUUUAAGCAUGUCCCUGAGGACCAUAGCCUCCAGAAAGAAAAAAAGGUGCAGAAAAUCAAUUUAAGCUCCCAAAAAAUAUCACACGUCCCACAUUUCAUAAUUCCCAAACCAAGCUUUAGCACUUUGUUUCACAUACCACGUCUAAACCCAUUGCAUUUGCUAGUUUUAAAAUACAGUUCUAUCACUUAGGCAGCUUUUCUCUCCAUCUCAGUCUCUUACUGGCUGGCUUGUUUGUUAUAAAUGUGGAUUUUUAUUAUUCAACAGUUUUGCAGUUCUGACUUGUGCUGUUAAGAGCCAUAAUCCUGAUUUUGAUAAAAUUACAAACACCACAUGUUGCACUCAGAUAUAUGGUUUAUGAAACAAAAGAGCAGAGGGAUGCAGUGUUCUCUACAUACAAACCAAAAGCACAGAUAAUGUAUUUGGUGGAUGUAGCUAAUUACAACUACAACCUUGGGUUUAAGCAAAACAUUCUUCCUAGAACAGUGUCAGACUUCCAGAAUGAUACACUGCAGUCAGAAGAAUUUUUGACAAAUGGGUGCAUUUCGUACAUCAAGAAGCUUGGAUGGGUUAGACUAAAAAGAGAGCAGGCCUAGCCACUGAAUGAUAGCUGGAAUUUUAGGAACCUUUUAUCUAUUUCUAGGUUGUUGGAAGCUUUUUUUCUUUCAACCCUGUUCAUAAAAUUUGAAAAUUUUUAAAUUUUUCACCAGGCUAUGAUUCACCCUUGGGUAGAGGGCUUAUGUACCACUUAAGUAAGUUCUAAGGAUAAGGCUUCAGUGGUAUGUAGACUUUGUGCAGGCCUGCUACUGUGCUGACAUGAAUCUCACCCCACAGCUCUAGAAGAUUAAAUGGACUUGUGUACUCAAAUCCUAUCUGAGAAAAAAGCCCCCAAAGAGCCAAUCUGCUGUAGAUCUCGAACACCUUGUUGUGCAGUGAGGCAAUUCCACAACUUGUUUCUUCUUUCUUUCCAGCCACAGUUAAAAAAAAAAAACAACAAAAACCAAUUUCAUUGAUGGAGAAGAAAUCCACAAAUAAAACCACUCUUGGUAUUUCAGAGCAAUUAUACUUGCUUUUGGUUUUUUUAAAUGUAUGACAGUUUCAUAUCAUUUAUUUUUUAAAAAAAAUAUUUUUUAGGUUUUUUCAUUGUAAUAUUAUUGUACAGUUUUGCAUGGCAUAGAUGUAAUCACUUUUUGUUUUAGAGUAUAAGAGCUGACAAGUGUGCGUGUGGGGAAAAGAUAUUGCUUUUGGCCUCUUCUCACUAUUUUAUUUUGUUUUAUGCCCUCACUGUGGUAGGGGACAUUGUAAGAGAUUCUCUGCUACAGAAUGAUGUAGAUUCUUUUGCACAGAAAUAUUUAAGGUGGAACAGUCAACAAUGUAAUAAAUGGCUUGACACCAAUAUUUUAUGUUGGUAACACUUAAUAUUAACCUACUUUGAUGUACUGCAAUAAAAAGAGAGAACUGUUAGAAAUACUGAUGUUUUGUGGGUUUUUUCCCCCAUCCUCUCCCUCUGUUAAUCUUUGGAAAAGGGGAGGAAUCUUGCAUUCCUGGUAAGUAUAAUCAUCAGGGAAACCUGCCCUUAACUAAGUGAUAUUGACAUACACAAAUGAAGAUCUUUUUACAGCUGCCACCAGCCUCCUUUAGACAUUCACACUCACUGCUAGAGUUGAGUUCUGUUGAACUUUAGCCACCUUUCACUUCAGGACAUUGAAUGGCAUCAGCUACAGCUCCCCUGAGCUUUUUGAUUAGUUCAGUCUGUUCCACUGUAAUUAAACCUCUGUUUUCAUCAGUAGUCAGUCACCAGCUUCCUUGCUUUUCAGUGAGAUGUCCUAGACAGUCACAGUGGGGCAACGGGCAGGCUCCUGGAAACAGGGAGAGAGGGUUCUAUUUUUCUGAGCUGCACGUACUAUGGGGGCAUUUGCGUCUUCUAGAGCUUCAUCUCAAACAAAGCUACAAAUUUGUCAUGCAGCCCACCAGGCCUGUCCUUUUUCUCAAGGAUGCUGAACUCCAUAUUCCUAUGCAACUAAGUUGGCAUUAAGCUCCUGGGCCAAUCCUCAGAGUCCAGCAUCUUCACCAACAGCCUAUUGGUUCUAAUCUGUUCCUAGUGGAGGCUGGUGACUGAACACUUGUAUUCCUAUCUUGACAGUAGCCUCAGAGUCCAGUCCUUGUACAUAUGCACAACAGUACCUCAGGUGGCACAUGACCAGGAUUCAUACUGAAUUUGGCUUCCCUGGCCUAGGGCAGGUACUGACAUGCUGAUCUAUGCCCCCAGUGAAGUCCUGGGAUGGAUUAAGUAAACCUGUACCUACUGGGUGUCUCCCAGAAAUGACAUCACCUGCACACAGUUCAUUAAUGAGGUGGCUAAAGCCUCUGUAGGGCACAAAGGGACCUCAGGAAUUCAUCAAGUCCAUGAAACUGUUCUGAGGCAUGACCACAAACCUAGACCAUCCCUGAUAGGUGUUUCUUCAACCUGUUCUUAGCCUCCAAUGAUAGGCUUCCAAAGAUGGUUGUGGCAUCCCCAUUCCCAACCUGAACUACCUGUGUAACAAGAAAUUUUUCAUAAUAGCUAAAUCUCCCUUGCUGAAAAUUAAGCCCAUUACUUCCUGUCCUAUUUUCAGUGGACAUGGGGAACAAUUGAUCACUGUCCUCUCAAUAAGAGCCCUUAAUAUAAUUGAGAAAAGAGUGAGGAGGUAAGAUGUCAAGACUAAACAUACCCAGGUUUUUUCACUUUUCCUCAUACUUCAGGCUUUCUAAACCUUUUAUUUUUGUUGUUCCCUUCUAAUCUCACUCCAGUUUGUCCACAUCUUUCCUAAAGAAUGGCCUCUGGAACUGAAUGUAGUCCUUCGGCUGAGGCCUCAUCAGUGCCAAGUAGGUGGGACAAUUAUCUUCCAUAUCUUACAUACAACAUUCCUAAGAAUACACUCUAGAAUAAUUUGCCUUUUGCGCAUCACAUUGACUCCUGUGCAAUUUGUUAUCCAAUCCUUUCAGCAGCACCACCAGCUAGUCAGUCAGUCCCCAUUCUGUAGUGAUGUAUUUAAUUUUUCCUUCGUAAGUGUAGUACUUUUGAAUUUCAUUUCAGAGCCCUGACACCCACAGCCUUCCUCCAUCAAGUUCUACCUUAAUCAGAACAAUUGUGGUCAGUGGGCCAUUCCAUAACCUGUGUGGGUUUGAUCCUGUAGGCUUAGCCAAGAGUGAAGACUAGACAGGGCAUACAUGAAGCUAAUGGUCCUCUGUCUGAAAAAGCCUCUUUUUCCCAAUACCCUGGCACAAACUAUAGUAGGCUCAUAGCUUUACUCCCUUCCCCCACAGCUGUAGGUGUCCUACGGUAAGGUGAAAGGCUAUACAGAUUCAAGGGAACUGGGCAAUGAAAAAGCAAAAAGAGCAGGAGCACUGUGCUUUGACUUCAUGCUAGCUGCUUGGCUCUUCAGCAUUGGGGAACCCCUGCUACUAAACACCCAUGUCCUAGCUUGAGUGACGGACUUCAGGUGCCAUAGGCAAGGCCUGACCUUGGUGGUCUGGCCUCCACUCUUCUCCCUGAAAGCUGUCUUUAAAGGGACAGCAAAUCUCAACUGUUUCAAGUUUAUAGCAAAGAAACAGAGGUGCUGUUUCCUGGAGAAGAAGAGGUUCUCAGAGGUUCUUGCAAACUGUCUGCUCCAGAGCAGAUGCUUUCACAUCCUUAACCUAAUUCCCAUAUUUUGAGCACCUUUGCUAGCUAAACUACAGUCAGAGGCACCAAUACAAAUUCUACAUCAGUAUAAAAUAGCCUGGACUUUCUUGUGGCCAGGGCUUGAAGACAGGGUACUAUUUGAUAUUGAGGCAUGAACACUAAGGUCACCCUUAUGUCAAGAGGGUUUUCCAGUGCAUUGUGCUACAGCAGCCUCAAGAUAUAUAAUCCCAUGAUGGCACUAUGGGACUUGAGUAGUUACAAAGCCUUGCUUUGAGCCUAUAUAUGAGGCCAGGAGGGCUAGAGCCUGAGCUCUGAUCAUCAGUGCUGCAACAAAGCCAUGCUUCACCUUCUACUGGAAUUUAUCCUUAAGGUGAAUCCUACAUUCUCUUAACAAACCCACUAACCUUAUCCUAGCCCAGGUAUCCCACGGGAGACACUGUCUUUGCUCUAAGCUAGACAUGAGUACCUCCAGCAUUACAUGUAGUAAUAGACAACAGGUCCCUAAUUACAGUCACAAGUACAAGAAUCUGAUCAGACUCUCCAUUCUGAAUGCUACUUACCAAUAUGCUGAAAACCCUUUAACCAAGUUAUGACUUUUGAGCCAAUUCACCACAAUCUGAAUGCACUAGCUCUCGCUGUAUUGCUUACAUGUUGCUAUAAACAGUCCUCUGCAAGGUCACCUGGUCCUAGUUCCUUGUCCACUUUUUAAUGCUAACAUAAGCCUUCAACAUCUAAAUAUUUCACUUCCACUGAUAUUAGAAGAGCCAGGUCUCGACUUCCAUGAGCUUUAAAGCCUUCAGUAAUUAAAAAUUCUCCCCCUCUCCACACACUACCACCUACAACUGACACUUCAGCAAACCAGAAGCAUAGCAACACAGUAAAUUCAGAUAGUUAAGAAGAGAGUUUUGGAGAUCAUAGGUACAGAAGGCUAUGGUAGGGACAUCUGUUCUGUACAUAGGGCUGCUGCCAUCAGUGAUGAAAGAAAAAGUACUGCAUGCUACAGAACUAGAGUAAAAGCCUGCCUUGUUUAUAUCAGUGGGCAGGGGCUAAUCACUGUUGGCCUGUGUACAAGAAGAUUAUUGCACUGGCCAACAGACAAUAGAAUCAGUAAGAUUUACACUUUUCUAGCAUGUCCUCUAAACUUCCUGGUUUAUCACUUUUUUUAAAUCAAGCAGGCCAUAACUUUCAUGUGAAGCCAGUUCCAUGUUUUGUCCAUGAGCUUGGAAAAAAGGUUAAAUUAGACACAAAUAGGAGUUUAAUUCCUACAUACUAUUUUUUUUAAUAGUCUGCAGGAGAGGUCAACUUUGUACACUUACCAGAUUACAGAAGGCUGUGCAAAACUGAGGGACUUGGCAUAUUCCAUCUUCAUGUUUACGAAUUCUUUGUUUAGUGCCUGUAAAGUACUAGCAGACAUGCUAAAUUCUGUUUAACAGUCAGCUGAGUGUAUUAAAAAUCUAAAAUACAUAUUCACCCACUGCCUUUUCCCAUCCUGGGCAGACCAAUGAGCUGACAGCUGUUGACCUACUCCAUUUGAUCCCGCUGGGAAGUAAUUCCCUUUCAGCACCCAGUACCAUCCAGACAUAGUAGAACUGCACUACUGACUUUAGUUAAAGCAUUAAUGAAAGGGGACGUUUUUCCUCCAUCUGUUUGGGGAGGAAGGAUGGAAUGUGUCCACUCCAAGAGGCUCAUAAUGAAGUGACAUUCAAAUCUAUUCCCAGGCCAUGGAGACUGAAAUAGGCACUGAUAGAAGUGGUUCUUUUGCAAAGUGACAUUUCCCUUCCAGGAAAGGAUGGAAGAAAUAUUGGAAGAGGUUCUCUGACCCUUCUCCUUCAGGCCCCAUUUCUUCUAUUCUUAUUGUAGAAAAGUCUAUCUGGUUGCAUGUUACCACUUGCUAUUCUUCUACCCUGGUCAUGGGAAGCAGAGGAGAUGGAGUAACUGCAGGCAGAAGCCCUCUGCACAAGCACUUUUUUAUUGAAAUCAGUAAGUCAUACAGAUACAAGAAUUGUACAAAACCCUAACAAGUUAAGUUUGCUAGUCUGACUCCAAUUCUUUAAAACUGUGCGUUUUGACUAUAAACAUGUAAUACACAUUUCAGCAAAAGCUUGAAAUGCCCAUAAGAGGAUAAGAGAAUCCCAGAGAACAUUUCCCACUUCCCUCAAACUCUGCAUUGGAGGGCACAGGAAGGCAAAGAGACUAAUUUCUUUGCUGGGACUCUAACAAGCCAAGAAGUGUCAGGGCUUUGGCCAUCAGGGGAGCUGAUGCAUACCAGCUAGGGAAGAUUCCCACUAAUUUGUGCUUAUGCACAGCUCCUUCGUUUAUACAUUCAACUCAAAAUUAAAAAACAACUGACUGACUUUCUGAGCAGGAGUUCUCUGUGGAUAUGUUUAAAUAUAAAUUUUGGCACUCCCUGCAUCAGAUAGUUUUAGCCUGCAAGCCAAAGACAGAAAGGGAGGCAAAAGGCAUAAAAUUUCAUCCUAUGUGUACACAUCUUACAUGAUAUCCCUGUCAGUAAAACCCAGGCUUCUCACACGGCCACCAUUCAUCUUACAAGACAGGGGUCUGUUCUAGGUUACCAGGUAUGUUAUUCUAUAAUUCACAGUAUGAAAGCCAUUCAAAUUCCACCUUAACAAAAAGAAAGGGGUGAGGGAAGUCUUUUUUUUUUUUUUUUUUUAUGAUUUU